CGUGUCACAUACGUGGUCCUUUUCUUUGCCAACUCACCAAUAAGCUAUAUUUGAAUAAACUCUCCACAGACACUCACUUCCUCACUUAGCUCAGUUCAAUCACAUAAGCAACUUAAAAUUUUCUGAUGAAUAUUUUUGAAUCAUCGUUUACCGAGUUGAACUACGGCACACACCAGCACUCUGAUACUUCUUCUUCGUCAGAAACAAGUUCCUCAAACCAUAAUAAUUCAGAAACGUUUUUGGCAUCUGAGAGACCAAAGAAGCGAACAGGUAGAAGAGUAUUCAAGGAGACAAGACACCCAGUGUACCGAGGAGUACGAAAGAGGAACAAUAACAAGUGGGUUUGUGAGAUGCGAGUUCCUAACCGUAACAAAUGCAACAACUCAAGGAUUUGGCUUGGAACAUAUCCCACGCCAGAAAUGGCCGCACGUGCACAUGAUGUUGCUGCACUCGUUCUUAAGGGGAAAUCAGCUUGUCUUAAUUUUGCUGAUUCCGCAUGGCGGUUGAGGUUGCCGGAAUCCAAUGAUGGAGACGAGAUAAGGAAAGCUGCAAUGGAAGCUGCUGAGUUAGUUUCUGUUGAGGACAACAACCAGUGUCAGGUUGGUGUUGGUGAUGGAGUGGUCAUAGAACAAGUUCCAACGGAAUUCGACGAUAUGCAUGAUUUGCUCAUGAGUAUUGCAAAUGAGCCUUUACGUUCUCCUUCUCCUUCCAUCACAGAUUAUGCCACUAACUGGUUUGACAUGGAGAUGUUUGACACUCAAGUCUCAUCAUUGUGGAAUUUCGAAACACAGUAUUAAAGAUGUAAUUAGUUAA